UGCAUUUCCCCUCCGGCGCGAAGAGGAGCUGGGGUGUCCGGGGUUCACUCCUCGCUGACACCGACCCCCCGAGAGCCUCAGCGGCACGUCGGGCCCCGCGGGGAGUCCCGUCUCCGUCCUCCCCUCCCGCCUUGGCCGAGCCCCAGCUCCUCGCCCGGAGGAAGGGUGCACGUUGUGGGCAUCUCCCAUCCACCGAAAUCUAUGAUCAGCUCGGUGUGUGUCUCCUCCUACCGUGGACGCAAGUCUGGGAACAAACCACCCUCCAAAACAUGCCUGAAGGAAGAGAUGGGCAAAGGGGAAGAGUCGGACAAGAUCACCAUCAAUGUGGGCGGCACCCGGCAUGAGACCUACAAGAGCACCCUGCGGACUCUGCCGGGCACCCGCCUGGCCUGGCUGGCCGACCCCGACGCCCAGAGCAACUUUGACUUUGAUGGCAAAAGCAACGAGUUCUUCUUCGACCGGCACCCCGGCAUCUUCUCCUACGUGCUCAACUACUACCGCACGGGGAAGCUGCACUGCCCCGCGGACAUCUGCGGGCCCCUCUUCGAGGAGGAGCUCACCUACUGGGGCAUCGACGAGACCGACGUGGAGCCCUGCUGCUGGAUGACCUACAGGCAGCACCGCGACGCCGAGGAGGCCCUGGACAUCUUUGAGAGUCCCGAGCCUGGCGGAGGGGCUGCUGGAGAGGAGGCUGAAGAGGAAGGGGGUAGGGAGAUGGCCCUGCAGCGCCUGGGCAUGGAUGACAGGCCCCCAGGGGCGGCAGGGGCGGCCGGAGGGGGUGGAUGCUGCAGGAACUGGCAGCCCAAGAUGUGGGCGCUCUUUGAGGAUCCCUACUCGUCCAAGGCGGCAAGGGUGGUUGCUUUCGCCUCGCUUUUCUUCAUCCUGGUCUCCAUCACAACCUUCUGCCUGGAGACACACGAGGCCUUCAACAUCGACGUCAACGUGACGGAGACCCUGGUGGUGGGCAACACCACCACAGUGCUGCUGACCCACAAGGUGGAGACGGAGCCCAUCCUCACCUACAUCGAAGGGGUCUGCGUGCUGUGGUUCACCCUCGAGUUCCUGGUUCGCAUCAUCUGCUGCCCAGACAAGCUUCUCUUCAUUAAAAACCUGCUCAACAUCAUUGACUUCGUGGCCAUCUUGCCCUUCUACCUGGAGGUGGGUCUCAGUGGCCUGUCCUCCAAAGCCGCCCGGGACGUGCUGGGUUUCCUGCGGGUCGUUCGCUUCGUGCGCAUCCUGCGGAUCUUCAAGCUGACGCGGCACUUUGUGGGUCUGCGGGUGCUGGGUCACACUCUGCGGGCCAGCACCAACGAAUUCCUGCUCCUCAUCAUCUUCCUCGCCUUGGGGGUCUUGAUUUUCGCCACCAUGAUCUACUACGCCGAGCGGAUCGGAGCCAAGACGUCCGACCCCACCGGCAGCGACCACACUCACUUUAAGAACAUCCCCAUCGGCUUCUGGUGGGCCGUGGUCACCAUGACCACCCUGGGCUAUGGUGACAUGUACCCCAAGACCUGGUCGGGGAUGGUGGUGGGCGCCCUGUGUGCGCUGGCCGGGGUGCUGACCAUCGCCAUGCCCGUGCCCGUCAUCGUCAAUAACUUUGGGAUGUAUUAUUCCUUGGCCAUGGCCAAGCAGAAGCUGCCAAAGAAGAAGAAAAAGCAUAUACCCCGUCCAGCCCCACUGGACUCCCCCACCUACGGCAAAUCCGAGGAGAACUCGCCCCGGAACAGCACCCAGAGUGACACUUGCCCACUGGCAGUAGAGGAGGGGGUGACUGAGAGGAAACGGUCAGACUCCAAGCAGAACGGGGAGGCCAACGUGGUGCUGUCGGACGAGGAGCAGCCGCUGUCCCCGGCGGACGAGGAGCAGCGGCCGAUGCGGCGCUCCAGCACCCGGGACAAGAACAAGAAAUCCUCCACGUGCUUCCUGCUGGCCACGGGGGACUUCUCCUGUGCAGCAGAUGGAGGCAUCCAGAAAGGCUGUGGAAAGUCGCGGAGCCUGAGCAGCAUAGACGGAGGAGCGGCGCGCCGGGCUCCGCUGGCCUCCCGCUGCAGCUCCCCCUGCUCCCUGCAGCACCCCUGCUCCCCCGUGCCCUCCAUCCUCUAAAGGACCUCGGGGGUCCCUCUGCUCCCCACCACGCCGAGCAGCCCCAGCUGGGACAUCUCCAUCCCCCACGAGCUGGUUCUGACCCCCUCCAGUUCCUCCAUCACGUCUCCACUGAGCUUGUCUGGUGCCCAUGUGGAUGGACAGUCCCUGGAGGAGGUGUUGGGGUGGUUUUCCCCCUCUUUGAAACCUUAUUCAUCCUAAAUAAACCCUGCAAUUCCCUCUGGUGUCGAGCCCUCCCUCCCGUGGGCCGUUUGUGUUGGGCUAAAGGGUGGUGGAAACACAAGGAGGACAAGUUGACUCAUGAAAUUAUAUCUCAUUGUGCUGGGAAUGGCUGAAUUCAUAUAUUUUUAGGUUUUAUUUUGUUUGGUUUUUUUAAAAGCAGCCUCAAGUUUCUGGAGGCAACAGAUGAAUAAACCUCUAUUCCCUGCCCAGCA